GCUUACUAAGUUACUAACUUAUUGAUAAUAAACAAACUUCAAAAUCCCGGGUAAUAUUUGACCUUUCAAGUUUCAAGUCAAACAUCAAAUCAUCUAAUCAAAAUCAUAUUGACGUUGUGAUACGCGAAAAGUAGUUUUAGUAAAAAAUAUUUAAUUCUAAUUAAUUGAUAUUAUUAAAAGACGGUAGGAAGUAGAAGAAAUGGAUAAAAUAAUUACUUUAGAAGAAGUUAAGAAGCACCGGCGGAAAAGCAGCGUGUGGAUAGUUAUCCACAAUGAUGUUUACGAUGUAACAUCGUACCUAGAAGAGCACCCUGGCGGGGAAGAUGCAUUGUUAGAAGUAGCUGGUGAAGAUGGUACACAAGCCUUUGAAGAUGUUGGCCACAGUGAUGAUGCCAGGGAGAUACUAAAGAAGUUCAAGAUAGGAUCACUGCCAGUUGAACAGAAAUCUACAUUCCUUCAUACGUGUUGCAAAGUGAAGCGUAAACAAAGCCGUUCCCAACACAGCUCAGAAUGUUCUAUGUGCUCAAGCGUCAGCUGUCCAAAUGUACCUCAUACGGAUAAAGAGGAAAAAACAUGGCGGACAUUCGACGGAUCUCCUUCAAGUGAUCGGCUUGACAGGAGAUGCGAAAAGUCAAACGGACCCACUCUUCACACUAGUCCUUCCGUAGAAAGAAGGGUACAAUCAGUUGUCGUCCCACGCGAAAGGCGUAGGAUACGAAGGAAACCACCCACCCCACCACCUCCUAGUUCCUCCCUGAAAUGGGCCGUAUUAGCGUUGGCUGGUGCAAUCGUAAUAGGCUUCGUCAUUAAGAAGGCGUUGGCUAAGUAAAACUACGGGACCAAUCCAUAAGUUAUCAAAGUGGCUGUUUUAGAUAUAGAAAAACACCUGUAGCUCUAACAGAUUGACAGAUUUUAUUAAUAACAUGUGCGUAAGAUGUCUAUAAAAUGGUAAAAAUCUCUGAAAAAAAAAUUGAUACACUUUUUUCUUUGCCGAUUUUUUUCGAUGCGCUGAACUAAGUUAUACUUGAGCUACAGAUAAUGUAUUCACUCACAGAACAGAAUUGUUAUACAGACUAUAUACAGUUUUAUAAAUUUUAAAAUAUGAUUUAUAUUUAAAAGAAUGACUGUCGUUUUAUUACCCGUUGUAUAAAUUUUACUUAAUUACAUCACAGUACUUAAUAUAUUUUUUAUAA